UAAUAUUUUUAUUAAACCGAGAAGAGGCCAAUUGAUACUAGGAACUAGAAAGCCAUUAACCAUCUGAAACCUUCAGGACCCAGACGCAGAACAACCCCAAAUCGUUGGCCUCACCAGAACUGUAGAUAUGGUGUUUCAGUGAGGCCUCUGCUUCUGUUGGAUGGGUUCUUAGAAGUAGAAGUUCUCAAAUCAUUGAUUCCAUCAGAAGUUCAUUCUCUUGGGGGUAGGUAUUUUGGAAGACCCAAAAGCUCAGCGUGCAGGUCUGCUAGCGCUUGUGGAGGAGUUUGGCCCGAGACAGGCAAAGCUUUGAUGUCAAGUCAUGCAAGUAACCCCAGUUUCACAUUUGGGUCCACAGGUUUUGCAGCUGAAGUGAGGCAUUGUUUAGCUGAAUCUUCUCUGUUUUGUCCAUUUCAAACAGAGAGGAUGUUUUCCUUCCAAUCUCUGGCCAUUCACGUUUCACGUGGACCUCCUCCAUCCUCCUAACCUCACCUCAAUUACGGUGUUAAUUUCACUUGACCCACCAAAUCUGUGUGUUCCAUUUCCACAUCCACAAGAUGAAAUUUUUCUUCCAAUAUUUCACCAGUCACCACUCGAGGAGAAUCAGAAAAUCCACAAAGAGAAGGAGAAUAAGAAGAACAAGAAGAAGAGAAUCAACCCCAACCCCAACCCCACCCAUUUCCCAAAUCACCAAAAAGCCACCAUCAUCUUCAACACCAUGCACAACCAUAAUGGACCUUCCAGGCCACACACUCAUCGACAUUUUGUCAAGGCUACCUCUCAACUCAAUCUUGGUGUCUAGAUGUGUAUGUACUACUUGGCGCUGUUUAAUCUCAGACCCUCUUUUCACCUAUUUCUACCUCUCAAGACCUCAACAACCCCUUGAGCUCUUUCUCCGCUCCAAUAGCCUCUCUCAUGUAACCACAACCCUUCAUUGGGUUGAUACUCAUUCCAUUCUCAAUACCCCUCCUCCUUUUCACCCAAACCAUCACCAACAGACUCAGCUCAAUACCAAACUUUAUCUCCCACUUGCACAUUCUGAUACUGAAGGUAGUGGUAGCAGUAGUAGUUUUAUGGACCAUGAUUUUUCUAUUGUAAAUUCAUGUAAUGGGAUACUUCUUUUAAGCAAGCCCAUGCUUAACAAUCCUCAUAUUGUAUGCAAUCCGAUUACAGGCGAAUUUAUAACUGUCCCAAAAUCUGUAGAUGACAAUUCAUUGUGGGGUUCUGUGGUUCCAGGGUUUGGUCAUUGUCGAAAAAGUAACAAAUUCAAGGUUGUAAGAUUGGUGUUUCGUCUUGAGAACAUUUUUCAAAGGAUGACUGAGGUUUAUACAUUAGGCACAGCCUCAUGGAGGAGCAUUGGACCCGCUCCAUUUGACCUUGAUUUAUCGUUGUUUGCAACAUAUCUAAAUGGGGUUAUUCAUUGGUUAAGAGUAAGUGAUAAUGAGAAGGGUUCGAUUUUUAUUGUGGGUUUUGACUUUGAGGAUGAGAGGUUCAAUGAGUUCCCGCUGCCUCCUCACUUUGGAGAGAAACACAAAGAAAAAGAGAAUUUGCACCAUUUGAAUAUGGGAGUGUUAGGAGAUUGUCUUUCUGUAUGUGACUGCACUUUUGUGGAUCAUAUGGAUAUAUGGAUGAUGAAGGAGUAUGGUGAUCCAACAUCUUGGACUAAAGAGUACGUUAUAAGCACGCAUUUUGGUGGCCCAUAUCGACCAAUAAUGCUACUGGAGAAUGGAGAUUUAUUAAUGAUAUAUGGCAAGAGGGAAUUAUAUGUAUAUAAUCCCAUAGAAAGACAUUUUAGAUUUCUUGUGAUUCAUGGAGUUCAAUCAGUCUUUGAAGCAAUUACCCAUGUACCAAGUUUCAUCCCUCUUAAGGAUGCUGUUGGAGGAGAUCAUCUGAAUGUGCAAAAUGUCAAAGGAAGUUGCUCUGAUCAUGGAUUUUUGGGAGGUCCUGAAACUCUUUAUCUAGUGGAACAAGGCGAGCCAAGAAAUGAAUCACAAUUACCUUUCUUUUGGGGAGAUAGUGGUGAAGAAUAGGUAAAAUAUGUGUUUUAGAUGAUGAGCUUUUGAGCUGAUGUUCUAUAAUUUGAAGAAUCUUUUUGCGAAUGUUGAACAUGCUUUAGAAGUUUGUACAGAUACUGGCACUUAGGUUGGCUAGUUGUUUUAUCUUCCUAAGUUCAUAUA